AUGGAGAACAUAGCCGUGCAGCUAAAACGCGGGAUAUCAAGACAAUUCUCAACCGGUUCAAUCCGUAGAACGUUGAGCCGACAGUUCACGCGUCAGUCUUCCCUCGACCCCUGUCGGACCAACAUGAGGUUCAGCUUCGGUCGUCAGUCUUCCCUCGAUCCAAUCCGGAGGAGUCUUGACUCCAGGAGCGGCGACGAGGUGCACAUGUCGGUGCCUGAGAAUCUUGGUUCCACGAUGCAGCUUCUCUUUAUGGCUAGCAAAGGUGACGUUGGAGGAGUUGAGGAGCUUCUUGAUGAAGGGAUUGAUGUCAAUAGCAUCGAUCUUGAUGGUCGUACGGCGCUUCAUAUUGCAGCUUGCGAGGGGCAUUUAGGGGUUGUUAAGGCUCUUGUUAGCCGUAGAGCUAACAUUGAUGCUCGUGAUCGGUGGGGCAGUACGGCGGCUGCUGAUGCAAAGUAUUAUGGGAAUUUAGAUGUUUACAAUCUCUUGAAGGCUCGAGGAGCUAAAGCUCCGAAAACCAGGAAGACGCCAAUGACUGUGGCGAAUCCACGAGAAGUCCCUGAAUAUGAGCUUAAUCCACUUGAGGUUCAAGUCCGUAAAUCUGAUGGAAUCUCAAAGGGAGCUUAUCAAGUAGCUAAAUGGAAUGGGACGAGGGUUUCAGUAAAAAUACUUGACAAAGAUAGCUAUGCAGACCCGGAACUAGUAAACGCAUUCAAACAUGAACUGACGUUGCUAGAAAAAGUCAGGCAUCCAAAUGUUGUUCAAUUUGUUGGAGCCGUUACUCAAAAUAUACCGAUGAUGAUUGUAGUAGAGGAUACUCCAAAAGGAGACUUAGGUGUGUACCUGAAAAAGAAAGGACGUCUUUCUCCUUCCAAGGCACUUAGAUUUGCUCUUGAUAUUGCCAGGGGCAUUAAUUACCUCCAUGAGUGUAAGCCAGAUCCCAUCAUUCACUGUGAUCUAAAGCCAAAAAAUAUUUUGCUGGAUAGAGGAGGGCACUUAAAGAUCUCAGGAUUCGGUUUGAUCAGAUUGUCAACAAUCUCUCCAGACAAUGCCAAAGUAGAAAACCACAAAGCACAUAUAGAUCUCUCGAAUUACUACAUAGCACCAGAGGUUUAUAAAGACGAAAUAUUUGACAGAAGGGUGGAUGUACACUCAUUUGGUAUCAUUUUAUAUGAGAUGACUGAGGGAAUACCAAUUUUUCACCCGAGACCACCUGAAGAAGUUGCAAAAAUGAUAUGCUUAGAAGAAAAGAGACCUGUAUUCAAGACUAAGUCAAGAGGUUACCCUCCAGAUAUGAAAGAUUUGAUUGAGGAGUGUUGGCAUCCAGAAGCUGGUAUUAGACCGACAUUCGCUGAGAUUAUUAUUCGGCUUGACAAAAUAGUAGCUAGUUGCUCUAAGCAAGGAUGGUGGAAAGAUACGUUCAAGUUACCUUGGUAA